GGAUCACCAGGAAAACCAGGAGCACCCGGACUAGCAGGCAUUGCUCCCCCUGUUACUAUCGAUUCGCAGCAGGGCUGCCGUGUCUGCCCACAUGGACCUCGUGGUCCAACAGGACCACCUGGUGAGCCUGGACCAAUAGGAGAAGAAGGAGCUCCAGGACCUGUGGGACGAGUCGGUGAACCAGGCAGAGAAGGAUAUCCUGGCCAGCCUGGCAUUCCUGGCGAGAGUGGUAAGCCUGGGAAGGUGGGUGAACCAGGAGUUCCGGGUAGAGAUGGUACUCGUGGAGGCAAGGGACCAACGGGAGACAAAGGAGAACCAGGACCACAAGGACAGAAAGGACCUGCUGGAUAUCCUGGACGUGAUGGUCAACGUGGAAGUGACGGUGAGGCUGGACCACCGGGACCACCAGGAUCACCUGGUAUGCCUGGAGAACCUGGCCAACAAGGCAUAGUAGGACAACCGGGACAACCUGGCCAGGAUGCGAAUUACUGUAAAUGUCCAGAACGCAGCUUGGGUGUCAACCGCUACGCUGAGAAGCCAAAGAGUACACCAGCUCCAGCACCACCACCGGCACAGAGUUAUGACUCGCCUCCAGCUGCAGUGCAGGUGAGGUUUCACUCUCAGUCAGCAAUAUUGGGACUCUCUGGGACCUGUGGAUCUUUGGACAAGUCUUUUGAUUGUUGA